CCCCAGGAGUAUGAGCGGGCCUCCAAGGUGGACCAGUUUGUGACCCGCUUCCUCCUGCGGGAGACGGUGAGCCAGCUCCAAGCCCUGCAGAGCUCGUUGGAAGGGGCGUCAGAUACCCUGGAGGCCCAGGCCCAGGGCCCACGGUCAGACGAAGACAGUGUGGGGGUGCAGAGCAGGCCCCACGGCAGCCGGCGGGCAGGGCGCAGGGCCCUGCGGAGCAUCGGUCGGUCACCCACCUGGUCUCCUGGCUCCUCCGCCUCGGACACAGGGCAGAGCUCGGGAGCCGAGAUGCGGUGGCGGCUCCAGGUCAACCGUCUCCAGGAGCUCAUCGACCAGCUCGAGUGUAAGGCCCCCAAGCUGGAACCUCUGCACGAAGAGGAGCUUACCAAGGGGCCUGACUCGCACAUCCUCAUGGCCCAGAGGCAGGUGCAGGUGGCAGAGGAAGCCCUGCAGGAUUUCCACCGUGCCCUGUGCUGCUACGUGGACUUCACAGGGGCCCAGAGCCAUUGCCUGCAUGUGUCUGCCCAGAAGAUGCUGGACAAUGCCUCUUUCACCCUGUAUGAGUUCUGGCAGGAUGAGGCCUCCUGGAGAAGGCACCAGCAUUCCGCCUGUAGUAAGGCCUUCCAGCGCAUCCUCAUUGACUAUCUUCGGGCUCCGGACACCCUCACCACUGUGUUCUUCCCAGCCUCCUGGUGGAUUAUGAAUAAUAACUGAGCCUGACCUGCAUAAGCCAAGGCCCUGGAGCUUCUGGACUGGUCAACUCAGCACCAAGACCAAGGACGUGGCCACUCUUAGACCUGGGGCUGGGCUCUCAGAGGUGCCCCCCGCCCCUCCUCCCCCAGACCCAGCCGGUGGAGAGUCUCUCAGCCCAGGGAUCAGGGACUGGGCUGCUUGCUUUCUGUUUAUCAGUGUAUUUUAUUUGGAUCUUUAGCCUCUGAGGCACUCUGGCCUCUGCCUGGCUCAGGAGGCUUGGAUUCUGGUCCUCUCUGUCCCAGCCUUGUUGUGUGACACAGAGCAGGUCGCUUCCCUCUCCGGGUGGGCCUUGGGCUGUCUGGCUUCCUAGUGGGUACCCUGCUUUCUUCCUGCUGCCUUGGGGCCAGGCUUCUGCUCUUCCUCAACCAGCAGCAGAACCAGGGCUGAUGCUCAGGGACACCAUCCCCCCACCAAACCUCGAGCCCUGAGGCUGGGCCGGAUCCGUCUGCAGUGUGGGGUAAGGACCUGGGUGUCCCCACCACCCUCCUGGGCUGGCAGGCUCCCAACUCUUCCAGCACCUUCCGCUGCACCAGAGCCUUCUGCAGGAUCCUGGGUUGGUUUGCAUGUCAUUUGCAUAUCAUUUGCAUGCUCAUGCCCAGCCACCCAUACUCAGGGCACUAUGGGAAGUCCCAAGGUGACCUUGCCAGGUAGCAAUAAUUUGGGCCCAGUGUCACCUGCUCCCCCCAGAUACCUCUGAGCCCCAGCCCAGGACCCCAGCCCAGAGGCAAUAAAGGAAGUGGUCACCUCU